AUGAACAUCUUUGUCGAGCCCGAUGAUCCCAUCCAAUCCACGCCAGACCAAGCACCGUACCUAUGCCUCGAACAAUGGGACGGCGGACUCUUCCGCACAUAUAGCCACAGGAAAAACAGAACGAGCAUCAUACCAGUAAUGCUACGCCAAGUUCCAGAUCUUCCGCCCCCAGAACAGCCGUACCUGGAGAACUUGUAUCCCACGCCUAAAGAGGAGCUGCAGCCGUUUGUACAGACAUGGCUAUACUUUGGGAUGCUCUCCGAAAUGCUGGGGCUCAACGAAAUAGCACCCGGUGUAAGACUUAUAGACGAAGAUACAGCCAAGGAGGAAAUUGCGAAACUACACGACCAAUUCUGUCACGAGGAGAAUGGCAAGAAUGUCCUCAUUGCUACGAAUGUGCUCACAUGGGGGCCGCUCUUUGAGGCGAGACUCGCACUCGCGCCAGAUAAAUAUGAACGACUCUUAUAUAUUCUCCAAUGCCUACAAUACGCCAUGAUAAUGGUGCACUCGAUACAGGAGAAUAUGGACCACACGGUUCGGUAUUCCAUCGCCGCGCUGGGGGAACUCUUCUCCACGGGUAUAUAUAGCGCCGCCGGGCUGGCACAACCAAAGAUUGAGUUGCCAAUUCUAGGACUCUCCUGGUACAGAGACUUUGUUCGGCCGGGGGGCGUGGUUGAAGAGAGGAUGUUGAAUAAUGGGUGGUGUCCGAGUGAAGUUGAGAAGAUAAGGUCUCAGUUGCAGGGGCUGUUUACGAUGCAUUAUACGAGUCAGUUGAGGAAGCCGACGCCGUGGUUGGAUCAUUCGAAUUGUACGAGGAGUAUUUGUAGAGCGUUUCAUAUUGAUAUUAGUACAUAUAGGCCUGCGCAUGUGGAAGAUGGUUGUGGGUGUGAGUUGAUUGAAGCUGAUCCUACAAUGGUGUCUGGGAUAUUGAGGAGUACGGAUACGUUUCCGAUUGUGCGUGUGGAAGGAGAAUUAGAUGAUUUACGGAUCCUAGUGGAGAGAUUUGAGCCUGGGAUUUCGUACGUGGCAUUAUCGCAUGUAUGGGCGAAUGGACUUGGAAAUCCCACGAGCAAUUCACUCCCCAAGUGUCAAAUCGCGCGGAUUGUCAAGCUCGUGGAAGAUCUACCCAGGGCUCCAGAGAGUACGGAACCUCCACGUCUUUGGCUUGACACGCUCUGCUGUCCUGUGGAAGCUGAAAGUAAGGUGAUUAGUCUGGCGAGGAUUGCGGAUGUGUACAGGAAGGCACAUCAUGUGUUGGUCCUGGAUACAAGCCUGACUGCGUAUAAAUUCGAGGGCACUCAUCCUGCGGAGCUUUUAGUCCGGGCGUUUGAAUGCUCGCCGUGGAUGAGGCGGCUGUGGACGCUGCAAGAGGGCGCACUUGCAAGGACUCUUCAGAUCCAAUAUGCUGACAAGGCUGGAAAUAACAUGGCCAUGUUGACCGAACUAUGGAAGAUUGCCAGAGAAGAUGCCCGGUAUAUGCGUAUAUGGCAAGACGUGACCAACGAGUUCAACCAACUCCUUGGCUUCAGUCCCAAGACCGGUCCCGAAAACGUCCUCAAAUGGCAUGCACCCCAAAUCACGACCCUCCAACGAAGUUUACACUUCCGCACCGUCUCUGUCCCCGCAGACGAAGCCCUGUGUAUCUCAACCCUCAUGAAACUGGAUACGACGUACAUCGCCGAGGGCAUAGACUGCAAUCACAGAAUGCAACGAAUGUGGGAGAAACUCUCCGACGCAAGCGGCGGUGUACCUGCGAGAAUAAUAUUCUACGUCGAAGAACCACUGGAUAUCGUUGGAUGGCGGUGGGCGCCAAAAUCCCUGCUAUCAUCUUCAGUAGACGAUCCUGUCCUCACUAUAGACGAGCGUGUCAUGCGUUUCUAUACCGAAGAGCAAUCCGCCGAUCCGACGGACGCUGUUCUCGGGAUCCCAACCUCGAUUGGCCUGAAGGUACGAAUGCCAGGCUACAGAAUCGUACCAACGCCUCUAUUGCCACACCUCCCGCUCCAUGCGUGGCCGGAGGUCAUCAACCCCACGGAAGACCAAGUCGUAGUGCAGGAUGAAGAAACAGGACAAUGGUUCCGCAUACUAGACUGGUACCGCAGCAAGAAACUCCCCACGUGGACGCGCAAAGAGCGCCUCGCAUACGACAAGGAGCAGAAUAAUCCCCUCUGCAGGGCUAUCGACACUGGGAACUGCGCACUUAUACUAGAUCACAAAGUUACGCAGGAAGACGGCACAUCGGUAGGUUGUCUCGUGCACGUAGAGGAGUUGAGUGAGCAGGAGAUAGAUGGACACACGGAAGUGCCGCUCAAAGCGCGCCGCGAAAGAGCAGUGAUAUUGUCGGCGAUCGGUGAGACAGAAGGCAGGAUGAUGAGUAAAGUGAGGGAUUUGGCGGUCACGGUGGCGAGGGAUCCUGUUACGGAUGAGUUUUUGGCGGUGCAGAAGAGUUAUAAGCCGGGUGAGGAGGAGUGGGAUGCGGCGGAGGGGAGGGUGCGGGAGAGGAUGAAGAAAGUUAUGGAGGAGGCUUGGUAUGGGGAUGAGGAGUUUCAGAGGACGAUUCGGGAGACUGUUGGGGAGGAUUUGGAUGAUUAUAUUUGGGUGUUUGUGCCGAAGGUGUUUCCACAUGGGGUUGGGUUGAGGGAUUUGGGGGGGCAGUUGUGGUUUGUGGAUUGA